UAAGAAGGACAAUGCAGAACUAAAAUGUAAACAAAAUGUUUUACGCUGCAAAGAAAGGCCGCUUUAUUGUGCUUAACAUAAUAUGUAACAUACUAGCGACAACUAAUGGAGCAACUGCACAAUCAUCAAGUAGAAAUUUACAAAGUGAAAAGAAUAUCCUGAAAAAGAGUACUAGUAUUUCUAAAGCACAAAGAGCUUGCAAAGAAGGGCAUCCCAACUGGCACAACAAUGGAACAUCAAGGGACUGCGAUUCUUCCUUAUUUGUCCAAUCGUGCAAAAAUAACUGUGGUGGUAAAAGGCGAUGUUUUUGCGAUCUAGAUUGUCUUUAUUAUGGAGAUUGCUGUCCUGAUUUUAUUGAAUCGUGUUUGCAUACUUUGUCAAAUGAAACAAAGAUACUAGACAUUAAUAGAAGUGAGAGAGGAAAAUAUGAUUGUGAGGCGAUAAAUGGAACUAUGUAUGUGUAUCUUAAAUCUAGUUGUGAUUUGGCUCAUCAUGACUCAUCAUUAGAGGUUUCGUGUAAAACACCAAAACAUUAUAAUGACGAAAUAAUAUCUCAGACUCCAGCUGUAGAUCCAGAAACAGGUAUUAUGUACAAGAAUAUUGACUGUGCAAGAUGUAACAAUGUGAAGAAACCAAAAUUGUGGGCCAUACAAACGAUAUGUGAAGACAGAAUAUUAACAGACCAUGAUGUGAAAAACCCUGAUAUGAACUUCAUUAAAAAGAUUCUAAAUUCAAAGUCAUGUGCCUCCAAGUUCAUACCACCAGAUAAUGCCAGAGUGCGAAGCUGUGUUCCAACGGAGUAUAAAUGUCCUAGCUGCGCUGAUGAAGGAUUGAGUGAGCUCUGCGCAACAUCUGGGCUUCAUCCUGUACAAGCUCCGACAGAUGAACCAAAUCCUGUCCCUGGGAUCGUGUACCAUAACAAGUUUUGUUGGUUUUGUGCAAACCCCACAGCUAUGAAUCAUCAAAGUUGCCACAUUAAUUUGGGGUACAGAAGUUCAGCUACACUUGAAUUGUUCUCGUUUCAAAUAUUAGUUGAUGUUUCUGUAGAUAACAAAAGAAGCCUUAAUGUUCGUCCUUCUUCAGGAAUUCAGAGCGUUGGGUUUGAACUUGAAUGUACGGCUGAAUCAAGUUGUAUGGCAGUAGCUUGUCCUGAUGGUUAUGUUAAAAAUGGGGGAAGGUGUGCCAUGAUAGGGAAAUUAGUUCAAACCAUUGUAAGAGAAAGGACAUUGUUAAAUUAUGAUUGGGAAGAACAUGUCAAGAUUCUUGAAGAUCUACUACAUGACACAUUUAUUCCUACGGGUUACAUAGAUUAUGAUCACAUUGCAUCUCCCACUGGUGAUCAAUAUAAUAUAGAUUUGACAACAAUUAUGAGGUUCAAUGUAUCAUUCCCUGAAAAUGUACCAAAUCAUGUGGUAGAUAGAAAUAUGAAAAACAGAUAUGAGACUUUUGUAUUGCUAGCAGAAGAGAAAAGCUUGUCCCAGAUAAAUAUGACUUAUAAGAUAGUGCAAUUGGAAGCAGUCAAUCCACAUGAUCCAGAACCAGUUCUAAACAGUACAUCCUCAUGUGCAUCUGUGAUGCCUCUGUUAGUAACAUCAGGGGACAUCUUUUUGAUUAUCAUUAUCACAUUUUCACUGUAAAACAUUUUAUGUUUAGUUUACAUUAAUGGAGGUCUAAUAAAGAUAUGUUAAGAAAUGUAGUAUAUAGUGUUCACCUCCCACCAGAU